AUGGUGCUUGAAGAUAUCGUCGACAGUAGCGAUCUUGACAAGGAAAAGGGAAUGGAGUGGUAUCAGCUCAUCGCUUGUUUGGUCCAAGCUUCUUUCUACUGCGUUGCAUUUUACUACACAAGUUUGAUUCUCACCGAAAGAAAAUUUCUUUCCAAAACUCUCAAGAUCGACGAAGACUUCUCCAUUGUUCGAGAAAUUAUCUGCAUCGGAUUGUCCUAUCUUCUCUGGCUUCCUAUUCCUGCUUUGACAUCCCUUUUUGUCGGACCAAAGAGCGAUCGAUGGGAAAAGAUUUACGUCAAUGAAAAUGGAGAAGAAAUCAAGGAAGGAGAAGACGAAGAAGAAGACGAAGAAUACCUUGACGAAUACCAAGGAGGACUCAAGGAAGAAUAG